AUGGAUCAGACAAAUGGGUCCAUCGAGAGGCUUCGCCAUAAAGUAAAACAUGGCCGCGGACAUACAAAAGGGAGCAAGAACAAGAGCAUCUUACCAAACUCGUCGACGUCGCGUACAUCCAAGAGAGGAGGACGAGAGAAAAAGCGAAAAAGUCACUUCCUCGGAACGCAAAAGAUCAAGAAUGAUGUGCUGCAACGCAGACGUAGGACUAUUACGGCCUCUGCUACACAGAAAAAGUCAAUUGGAGAGACCAGGAAACUCAAGCAUAACAAGAAAGAAGUGUUCCAUGAGGAUCAUUCAUGGAAGCUCACACAAUUCACAGUAUUCACCAAGCUGCCACGAGAAAUUCAAAUCAUGAUUUUUGGGCUCGCUCUUGAUGCGGCGCCUACUCUCAUCGAAGCUGCUUACAAUUUCUCCACCUACCGAUUUGAACUGUCGACUUCGACAGCAGACAUCCUUUCUGUGUGCGGGCUUGGCUGCCUCCCGAAGAAUUUCAAGCCGGUGUAUCUGCCAAGUCUGACACCCGAUAGAUCACGAUGGAUGCCGCAUCCCUCCGGAUUGUAUCCUAAACCCAAGAGACCGUACAAUCGUCUUGAACCAUUAUACAUUCGUCCGGAACAGGAUACACUUUAUCUGAUCCUCAAGAAUCUUGAUAUACGCAGAUACCUCUCCCAUCCCGAGAAUCAGGUCCUCCGGCAUCUGCUAAAGCUCAAGACGCUCACCGUCUUCGAAGGUGCACUUCAUGGCGCAGAAGUCACAGUGGACCGACGCAAGAAAUGGGAUAUCGAAACAGAGGAGCUACCAGAGGGCCAGGCUGAAUCGACCCAGGACGCUGGUCGCAGGGGGAGUUGA